AUGCUUGAAAUGCAAACAUCGACAUUCAUGUACAGCCAAGUCUCAAUACAACACUCGGUCAUUCCUAACGAUGUAUUCGACUUGAAACUUUUGGACAAUAGUUUAAAUAAACAAACACUAGAUACGAGCACGUAUGCAGACAACAUGACACAAUGUGGGAUUUACAUGCAUGAACGGAAGCACACCCAGCAACAGGAUUGGUGUUCUCUCCGAUUUGAAAACCUUGACUCGGACUUCAAAAAACGUAAAUACGACAACAACAACCAAGAUGCAACGAAUGAAUUUCAAAUAACUAAGAAAAAGAAAAACGAGCCUUACUCAAUGAAAAGUGUUGGUAAUACUUCAUCACCACCUCAAUCCAACACAAUCUAUUUAGAGUGGAUGAAAAGAAGAAGCAAUACCGAACAGGUUUAUGAAUAUUUCAUCCAUAACAGAGAGCAUGAUUUCAUUAACAGUGACAAUAGCAUGACUCUUGAUGAGUAA